AUGAGAGCCGCAUCAUGGACGGGCUCACCUUCCAUCAAGGGCCGAUCGGAAGCGACUCGUAUGGCUCUUUUGGCGUUUAGUUUGACUGGAGUUUCCUUUACAUGGGGUGUUGAAAUGUCAUAUUGCACGCCAUACCUCCUCCAACUCGGCCUAACAAAAUCGCGCACUUCACUCGUCUGGAUCGCCGGGCCCCUUUCCGGCCUCAUUAUCCAUCCUCUCAUCGGCGUAAUCGCAGAUCGAUCACGAUCGAAAUGGGGUCGAAGACGGCCGUUUAUGCUUGGUGGAGCGUUGAUUGUUGCGUUUUGUUUGUUGUUGUUGGGUUGGACUUCGGAGAUUGUGGGGUGGUUCGUGCAUGAUAUUGAGAGGAAACGAAGUGCGACAAUUGCGGUGGCGGUUUUGGCGAUUUAUGGGGUUGAUUUUGCUAUUAAUGCUGCCCAAGCAUGUUGUCGAAGUCUCAUUGUGGAUACUCUGCCGAUAUCCCAACAGCAACUAGGUUCUGCAUGGGCAAUCCGAAUGCAAGCCAUUGGCUCCCUAAUAGCUUAUAUCGUCGGCUCUAUAGAUAUGGUCACGACAUUCGGCACUAGAUUCGGCGAUACUCAAUUCAAGCAGAUGACCGUUGUAGCGGCUAUCUUUUUAAUUGUUUCUGUUCUGAUUACAUCGUACUCUGUCAAGGAGAGGGUGUUGAUAGCGGCGAGGGGAGCGGAUGAAACACAUGGUUUCUUUCAUGUUAUCUCACAACUCUAUAAAACAACAAUGGAUCUGCCGCCGCGUAUCCAGUCCAUCUGUUGGGUUCAAUUCUGGUCAUGGAUUGGAUGGUUUCCAUUCCUUUUCUACAGCACAACAUGGGUAGGAGAGACUUAUUUCCGCUACGAAAACCCCGAAUCAGCCGCAAGCUCCUCCGACACACUCGGAGACGUCGGUCGACUGGGCAGUCUGUCACUUGUGAUCUUCUCAGGAGUCACUUUCCUGUCUUCUGUCCUCCUCCCCUUCGGCGUCCGCUCUCCCGACAGCAAUUCCAAACGAGCAAAUUUCACAUCUCGCCCCCCACCGCGAAUGGCAGCAGUAUUGCGUCGAUUCAAGAGGGUCAGACCCAGUCUACAAACUGCAUGGUUCCUUUCUCAUCUAGUCUUUGCGGGGACCAUGAUCUUUGCCCCCAUGGCACGAUCGUUGAAGGUCGCGACUUUCCUUGUUUCCGUCUGCGGCAUCCCCUGGGCUGUUUCUGGUUGGGCUCCGUUUGCCUUUAUGGGGAUUGAGAUCAAUAAAUUAGCCUUGGAACCGCCCAGUCGCCCUACAGCCACGAUGAUUACAUCAACCACGUUCCGGACUCAUGGCUAUCGUCCUAUAGACAGCGUGGAGCCAGAUAUGGAAAUGGAUGUCCUCCGACUCAAUCACCGAAGCGCCGGCGACGAUGACAGCGACGCAGAAGAGUCAUCGACUAUCGAAAGUCCGUCUACAGGCGAACUUGCAGGUAUCUAUCUGGGUGUGUUGAAUGUGUAUACAACACUCCCCCAAUUCGUGGGCACCUUCAUCAGUUGGAUUGUGUUUAGUAUUUUAGAGCCUGCUACUUCUUCACCUGUCGGCCAGAAACAAUCGACCCCGACUUCGGAUGCAGGAGAAACUAAAGACCACUCGAGCGCUAGAGAUGGCGGGUGGAUGAAUUUGGAUACUGAUGCACCUGAUGCAAUUGCGGUGUGUCUGUUUAUAGGUGCACUGAGUGCGUUGGUUGCUGCCGAGGCCACGAGACGUUUUAGAGCUUUGCGACAGCAAUCUCUUCCGUGACUUCCCCCUCUGUUUUUACUUGGACGAUAUCUCACGUGAAUCGUCUGUCCGAAAUAUAUAUAUGUAUAGCAUUUGUACAGCACGGCACGGCGCUUUUGAUUUUGAUUUUGAUACCCUAUGAUUAUCUUCUUAAUGUUAAUAGUCGGAAAGGAGAGGAUUCAUAAUCUAUAAUA